UCCUUUUAUAGUAUGAUAAAAAUAGUUUCGAUCUCUUCGUCUAUUAAGUAUUUUUUUUUCCUCUAUAUAAUACCCCGAAAAUUACAAGAGGGAAGAUCAUAAGAAAGCUUAAGUUUUGGAUUGCCAUGGAGGGGGCUGUAAUUAGUGGUUUCGUGUCGGUUUUCCCGGCCGCGAUUGCGGUGGCGGUGGUGGCGGUGUUGGUCCAUUUGUACUUCAAUAGUGCAUGGAGGAAGACGGCGGAGCUGAGGAGGAAGCUGCGAGAACAGGGCGUGAUGGGUCCGCCACCGUCGGUUCUGUUUGGUAACUUGCCGGAGAUGAAGAAGAUCCAGUUGGAGGCAGCGGCUAUGGCUUCUCCGCCGCGUCAUGCGUCGGCGAUUGUAGCUCAUGAUUAUACAUCCACCCUCUUCCCUUGUUUAGUUAAGUGGAGGAAGCAAUAUGGUCCAUUAUACACAUACUCGACCCGGACGAAGCAGCAUUUGUACACCACCAAGGUGGAGAUAGUGAAGGACUUGACACUCUUCAACAAUCUCAACUUGGGCAAGCCCUUGUUCAUCAACAAAAGGAACGCUCCCCUCUUUGGCCACGGCAUCACCACCACCAACGGCUCCCUUUGGGUGCUGCAGCGCAAGAUCAUCGCCCCCGAGUUCUUCAUGGACCGGGUCCAAGGCAUGGUGGCACUGAUGGCUAAGGCGGGGUCAUCCUUGAUAGAGAAAUGGGAGGCGAGGAUCGGAGAUGGAUCCAUGGUGGAGAUUGAAGUGGAUGGGGAUCUCAAAGAAUACUCGGCCGACGUGAUAGCUAGAGCUUGCUUUGGGAGCUCGUAUGAGAAGGGGAAAGAGAUUUUCACGAAGAUUAGGGAUCUUCAGAAGUUGCUUUCCGAGGAGAGCAUUCUAGUUGGUUCCAUUCCUUUAAGUGACAAAUUUUUUAAACCAAGCAAACACAGAAGAAUCAAAAAGCUGGAAAAGGAGAUCAACUCAUCAAUAUGGGAGACGGUUCAACAGCGCCGAGAACAGUGCUCCAAAACCUCCUCGUCUGACAAGGAUCUGUUGCAGCUGAUAAUGGAGGCCGCCAUGACUGAGUCAAGUUUACCAGCCAAACAGUCCUCCAAAAACUUCAUCGUUGACAACUGCAAGACCAUGUAUUUCGCCGGCCAUGAAACCACCGCCGUCGCCGCCGCCUGGUCCUUGAUGCUCCUCGCCCUCCAUCCCGAUUGGCAAGACCGUAUCCGCUCCGAGUUUGCUCACACUUGCCCCGAUGGUCGCUUUGACAUGACGUUGAUUUCUCAACUCAAAUCGGUGAGUUUGGUGGUUCAAGAAACGUUGCGACUGUACCCGCCGGGCGCAUUUGUAGCAAGGGAGACACUUGAUGAGGUACGACUUGGGAACGUGGUCAUUCCAAAGGGUGUCUGUAUAUGGACUUCGAUACUGACACUACACAGAGACAUUGAAAUAUGGGGAGAAGAUGCGAAUGAGUUCAAGCCAGAACGGUUUGCGGAUGGUAUAUCCAAGGCUUGCAAGAUCCCACAACUCUACCUUCCCUUUGGGGCAGGUCAACGAUUGUGCUUGGGGAAGAACUUUGCAUUGGUUGAGUUGAAGAUCAUAAUUUCUCUUAUAGUUUCUAAGUUUAGAUUCUCGCUAUCUCCUCAGUAUUGUCAUUCUCCUUCUUAUAAUCUGAUCGUGGGGCCUUCAAACGGCGUGAAGAUUCUACUUCAAAGGGUUUGAAUUAGAGUUUAAGAAGUCUAUAAAUAAUGUUAUUUAGUUUAAGGGUCCGUUUAUAAAUGGUCUGGAUUAGGUUUAAAAAGUUUGAGUUACUAAAUAAUACGGUGUGUCUAUGCUUAUAAAUGUAA